AACUUCUGGGGACGCUGUUCUAGUCGCUUAUCUCGACAAUGGACGUGAUCCUGAAAUCGCUCGCGCAGCCGGUCGCGAAAGUCUUCCAUGCGACGAAGAAUCGCCCGACGAAGACGCUCAAGAUAGGUCCGCGAGCGAGAAUCUCAUGAGCGGGCCGUCGCUUCGGCACCUUGCCGCAGGCGCACUGCAAGCUGCUUCAAUAGCUACAGCGCCAUCCACCCUCGCAGCUGCAGUACCCAAAACGAUACCCGACAUAUCGAUACCAACCGGUCAGCUUUCUAUUCACGAUGAGCCUCCAGUUACCGCCUUAUCUACUUCGCGAUAUGUUUCUACCAACAGAGUUGCAUCACCACUAAUCCCACCCAGCGGGCCCUUGCCGCCGCUUCACGGAGUUCGUGCGCCAGUCGGCGAAUCCAAGGAGACGAUACCCUCACAGUCUCUUCCAUCUCUCCGUUCCACUUUUGGAGAACUCAGAGAUCUGGCUCCCGAACAUUUACCCGAACAGGAACUUGGACGUGUCCCUUCAGGGCCAUCCUCAACUUUCCCUGCCUCGCCAGCUGGAAAUAUUGGGCAUCGCUUCAGUGUAAGCACUCUCUCGUCUUCACCUUGUUCACCACCCGAAGGUUAUAGAACACUUUCUCCGCAUUCUGCUCCAAGCGCGAGUAUUCACUACUACGCAACAAAUGGCACUCAUCCUCGAGCCCCGACAGAAUAUAGUAGCAGUAGCAAUGCUGGUGAGACUCCAAAUACCGAUCAUUCUGUUUCUACGCCCGCCACUUCUACCUCAAUCAACUCCGCAUCUAUCACUGAUCGCAUGAGCAUUGAUGGCAUCACGCAUCCGCAACAUAUGACCGGCUCCUACACAUGCACAGUUCCGGGGUGCAAUGCUGCUCCAUUUCAGACUCAGUAUCUCCUCAACUCUCAUAUGAAUGUGCAUUCAUCAGCACGACCGCACUAUUGUCCAGUAAAAGGGUGUCCAAGAAGUGAAGGAGGCAAGGGCUUCAAGCGCAAGAAUGAAAUGAUAAGGCAUGGUUUGGUUCAUGAUUCUCCAGGAUAUGUGUGCCCAUACUGCCCUGACAGGGAACAUAAAUAUCCACGACCGGAUAAUUUACAGCGACACGUUCGUGUUCAUCACCCAGACAAAGACAAAGAUGAUCCACAACUGCGAGAUGUACUCGCUCAACGACCAGACGGACCCAAUCGUGGUCGGAGAAGACGUGGACCACCCACGUGAGCAUUCACAACGCGACUGGUAACGGUCUUUCUAUCUUCGGUUUUGGUUGUCGAUAAACGAGGAACGAUUUUACGACAUCGCUAUGAGGCGCAGUCUUUGUUAUGGAGUUAUAUAUGAACAAGUGCCUACCGAGUGAUAGGUUGGGGAGGCUUCUUUCUGGUCUCACUUCUGUUCCCAAAAGAUUUUGGCCCAGUGGCGUGAGCCUGGGUGAGAGCAGACUAGGCGUUUUGGAUCUUUGGAUACCCACGGUUGGGUCAAUCUUUGUCGUCUUUUUUUUUUACCCUCCUCCUACGGGAGUGUACCAUUCAUGCUGGAAUGGCGUUGGCUAGCGAAUAGCGUUUAUUAUGUUCAGUUUUUGAUAUGCAACACAU